AUUGUUUACAAAAUCGCGUGUUGGAUAAUAUUUUGUUCGUAGUAUUUUAUUGAAAAUCACUUGUUUGAAGUCGAAAUAAAAGGCUAAAAAGAAGUUUUAAUGAUUCCCAAAAUACGAAUUUCGUCUUCCCUGACUUGACCUGACGUCAGUAUGAGUGAUAAUCACGGAAAAAAGGAAUUAUUUAAGCCACGGAUAAUUCAGUCGCGCAACAACGAGAGAAACAAGCCGCAGCCCGAGAAGCAGCAAAACGAUGCCGACGCCAAAGACGAAGACGUCAAAAUCUCGAAACUCUUGCGAAAGCUCAACUCCGAGACAUCCAUUGCUGCAUCGAUAGACGUAUGCGAGCGGCUGAAGGUUGCCAUACGAGAUCCUAGCAAUGCUGGAUACCUGCGACGGUGUUUCGAUAUCCUGGCUGACUCGAUAAUCGCGGCAUUCGAAACGGCACCGCUCGAGGUGCUCGGAAUCGUGGCCGAGGUCUUUGGAUUAAUGGGCUACGUGGUGCGACACGAUUUCACGAUGUACAAAGGAUGGAUUGUGAAAACGUACAAAAAUGCGAAACACUUGCAGGUGCAUAUGAUGCAGUCGUUGUUGGUGACGUUGCAGCUAGAUAGAAGCUCGUCCUUGCAGGCAUCGACGGCAACACGUUUGAUCGAGCUGCUGAAGGAUUUUCUGGAACAAGUGGAGUCAGCGACGGUUUUUGUCGCUAUUAUGGAUGCGAUUGGACAAUUUUCGCGCAAUUAUCCGAAGCAAUUUGAAGCUUAUUUCAAAGAUAUUGUCGACAUUUGUAUCGGUUGGCACUUGGAAACGGAACAAAAGCCAUUUGUAAAGCACGAGUGUUCGCGUGUGCUUCAGCAAUUUGGAAAAUAUUGGAAAAAAGAUGCAAAUUUUACCAAAUCCCUGCUCGGACAGUUCUUGGAAGACAUGGAGGCUUUCACUUUGGAUGACUCUACAGAUGAAAAUGAAAAAUUAUCGGAAAUUUCUCUCGGAUCAUUCAUUUCGGCAUUCAAUACUGUGCUAAAAUGCUUUUCUACAGUACCCGAUGUCCUCGUUAAUGCAUUCGGGAAGGAAUUUUUAGAGGAAAGUUCACACACGAUCCUUACUGCGACCCUUCCUGUCAUUAAAAAGUCCACGGAAGAAGAUGCCGUCUUACCAAUGAAUGAACUCCUUGCUCUGCUAUUACCGUGUCAGGCAUUUGGACUUACGAUGGACCGCAAAGCCAUUCAGGAUAUCUUGCUCGAUGAGAUUUCGCAUCUCCCGGAUUUAACUUAUAAUACAAAAAUGAGUUUGUUGGUGGUGAUUGCAAAAUUCAUAGAAACUGUUAAGAAUGACUUACCACUGGAUUUCGUCGAUCAUCUUUUUGAACACGGGAUGAGUCCUUUGAUGCAGUUGCGAUAUGCGAACGACAAGAGAUUACAUUUGGGAUUAGUAGCUAUCUUUCACAAUAUAUUAGACAUCAAAAAUGUCCCAAUAUUGCAACAAGUCUACAAAAAUUUGUUGGUUGAUUUACAAAGAAGUCUCAAUACGCUCUUCGAAGGAUACGAAAAUGUUCCUGAAGUUGUUACUGAUGCCAUUGAAUGUUCAAAAACCAACAAAACCGAAGCAAAAGUCGCUUUUCAAUUCAACUUAUUAGCAAUUACGAAAAUCGCAACCACAAGCAACAGUUUAAUGGCGAUGUGGGCUUUUCAACCAAGUAUUUUGGAACUUUUGGCAGUCACAUUACGUUUAUCGGAUGAGAAUUUGUGGGCAUCCUAUGACGACUUGAACUUCGCUGCAGUCAAACUCUUGGCAUGCCAUUGCAUGAAAAAUAACAAUUUUUUCUCAGCCAGUUCGUUGAUCAAGUCAAAGUUGACGGAGUCAUUCAGUGUAUUGAGUCUGGAAUCAAGUUCGAGUCCCACUGCCGGCAAUUUCGGGAUUAUUUUGGAGUUUCUAGAGGGAAUUAUGAACGUUGAGACGAUCAAGGAAGAACGCCUAGAGCUGAUUGUGGAUUGGUGCAAAACCAUUUUCCUUCAAAUUGGUUCACAUUUGUCAGCACUAAAAGAAAAUCAAAAGUUUUUAUCGAUUAUUGCGGCUAUGAAUAGACUUUCGAUGACUCCAGCUAACCCAAAAGUCACUGAAACUUGUGCUUAUUGCUUGGAUUCGCUUGGUGACGUUGAAAUAUUACCAAAUGACGUUUUACAACAACUCACGGAAGUUUGUUGCGUUCAAAUGUGUUCGACAAACAGCACAAUUCGCAACUUAUUCUCGCAUAUUUUUGCGAAAAUCCCUCUUCGGUUCACGCUGACGCAAGUAAAUAAUUUUACAGGCAUCAAUAAAUUGCAUGCAGAUCACAUCACGCAACUACAACAUUGGCAUUACAGAAAUGGAUCAUCCGCUAAUGGGAAUUUUCAACCGCAAUUUUUCAAAGAUUUCAUUGAAACUAUCGGAUUUACGCGGGAUCUUGUGAAUUCAAUUGAUGAAUUUGCCCUGGAGGUGUUUACAAAUAGUUGGUAUCACGAAAUUGGUCCAAGUAGCGCCUUCAAAGACAUGUCAAUGACUGAUGUGCGUCCCCUGAUGUCCUGGCUCGAAUGGCAAGCAGCCCAAUAUUGCACGGAAAACAAGUUGAAAACGACUUUGGGUAAGCCGCAAGACACUUUUCUCAAAAUUGAGGCACUCAUCAAGGAAGACGCUCGUGUGCUGAGUCUCAAGGAUCGCGGAAUCACCGUAAAAGGCAUCAAAACGUAUUUGGGAAAUCAGAGAAAUGCGAAAAUUCUGCUUGGAUUCCUCGAGGCACUGGAAAAAACUAUUCACAAUGCUUCUGAUGGCACAGCUUUUGGAUUGCCAGCAUGUGAAAAACCCGCAAGAACAUUUUUCCGCGUAAAUUCUUCCACAUGCAUUGAAUGGUUCACGCGUAUCGGGUACGCCAUUAAUCUCGUUGCUUUGCAUUGCAUGUUGCCGGAACAGGUAAUUCGUUAUUCGGAAGUUGUUUUGCAUGCCUUGGUGCAAAGCAAGAAGCAGCACGAGAAAAUGUUCGAUCAUACCAUGAUGUCGCUCACGUGGGCUUAUGUCAAAACGGGAGAAGCAAACGCCUUGUACGGAUUGUAUGUAUGGAGUAAGCAAGUAACGGGAAAGAAAUUCCAAUGGAUCAAGUUAGCAGCGGAACAAGCAAUAGGUCAUAAGGAAAUAGCAGCUGAUGGAUACUUACAUGUCUUGAAGGAAAACGAUGAUGCGCAGGAAGAUGCUAGACUUCAUCCGCACAUUAGAGAUUUUAUUGUGGAUAUGACGACAAUGUGUCUUUUGUACUCGGGAAAGCUUGAAAAACUCCUGGAAUUUUUGAAACGUGAAGAAACUCGAGAAGAGCAACGUACAACGAUCCCUAUUGUGACGAUUAACUCGCAACAAGUGCAGUCGAUGAUUGUCUUUGAGCAAACAACGGAUCCAAAUGUGCUUGCUUUAUCUAGUUGGGAAACACUUCAAUUGGACAAGACUGUCCCAAGUGACUUUUCGUGCCAUAAAAUGGUGAAUUUAACGGAAAAUACUCUUUUUAAGAUUGCUCUAGAUCACGAACCAUCGAAGAAACAAAUGCUCUCGAAACAGUGUUUUAAGAUAAUUCACAGCUUGCUUCAAGACUCGCUUCGUACACAAUCGACGGAAUAUUUGAAUCAACUCACUAUUCUCAACCACAUUUGUCACAAAGUCUCGUCACAGGACCCUCCCGUUACGGAUAUGAAUAUUUCCAAGUCAAUCGGUGCCAAUAGUCUUCAUCAUUUACUCCGUUGGUCCGACUUGCUGUCCCAAAAUGCGUCAAAUCCACCAAAUGACGACUUGCGUCUCGAUAUCGUUGGACUAUCACGCAAGGAACGCAAUUUUGAUCUUUGUCGUCGUGAACUCGAAAAGUUCUAUGCUUCUUCUAUGCUGUGCAACAUUUGGCCUUCGCAAAAAACAAAACUGACGAUUGACGUUGUUCACGCGAAAUUAAUUGAAAAUUCGUACAAUCAUCAAAUUUGGGACAAAAAGAUGUCGCGUGCCAUAUACGAGCAAUGCAAACUCAUGUAUUGCUUGCCUGGUGAGAAAAUUAAGGCGAUUCAAUUGGCAGCCGUUGCUACAACUGGCAUGAUUGACAACGAGUUAUCUGGAUCUAAUCAAGAUUUACGUGAACCUGUAGCGCGUUUUAUGUUGAAAUUAUCGCAAUGGAUCCAAGCUGAGACACAACUCAUGUCCUUCGGUUGUUUGGAUGCUUUGAUUCGAAAUAUUCCGGACAUUCAUACGAAUCAUGAGCCGAGUAUUCCGAGUAUCUUGUCGGGAUCGGACACGGUGAUUGGCAAAUUGAUUCAAGAAAGUACGCGACGUUGUCCGGAAUUGGCAAAGGGAUGGUACACGCUUGGUGCGUGGUUUUAUCGAUGGGGAAGGAAACUUGUGGAGCAGAAAAAUGAGCGAGGUGCCAAAUUAAAAGCUGUUGAUAUUUUGAGCAUUAAACAGACGGUGCCUGAUGCCACAGACGACGAUAUUUUAUUGAUCGGAGAAAUUUUUGAUCGACACCAAGCAACUGCUGAAGAAGAAGACAUCGGAAAUUUAGAUGGAAAUUCCACGGAAGUCAUUGAAAGUGAGUUAAGAACCGUGCCAUGUCUGAAACAAAUCCCUUACGAACAAAUUCACGAAGUUGUCCAAGUGUGGAAACAAGCUCACAAAACCGUUUAUCGAUAUUACGAAAAAUCCGCAGAAAGUUAUUUCAAAUUCCUCAAACUGACCACGACAAGUGUUGAAAGAAUUGAUGAUAAGCUCGAAGGAUGGAUUGUAACAGCUACAUUGAGAAUUCUCCGACUUAUCGUUAAACAUGCUUUAGGUCUGCAAGACGUUCUUGAUCAAGGAUUGCUUACAACGCCAUCCGACCCAUGGAAAGCGAUCAUUCCACAACUUUUCGCUCGUCUCAACCAUCACGAGCCAUAUGUCAGACGUCGUGUUUCCGAGCUUUUGUGUCGCGUUGCCAAGGAUUCGCCUCAUUUAAUUAUUUUCCCGUCAGUUGUGGGCGCUGCUGAGGAACAAACGGUCAAUAUUGCCGAAAUAUCGAAGACUUCAGAAGACAUGUACGACGAAAUCGACACGAAAAAUCAAUCGGGCUUGGCAUUUUGCUUCAACGCAUUACUUGACACACUUUCACAACAGUCCCCCGAGACUGUUAAUCAAGUGCAGCUGUUUGUAAAAGAGUUGCGUCGCGUCACACUGCUGUGGGAUGAGAUCUGGAUGGUCUCGAUGACACAAGUGUAUGCCGAGUCAGCCAAGAAAAUGGUUCAAUUCGAGCAAGAAUGGAUGCAGUCCAAGGAGAAUCCGGAUCAACAUGACGCUAAAAAGGAUAUUUUGAUGGAAAAAUACAAAAUUUUGAUUCGUCCGAUAAUUUUUGUCAUGCAACGCUUGCAUCAAAUGACUUCGCGCACGCCAGAAACUAACAACGAACGAAAUUUCCAGGAAAAAUUCAUGAAAGUCUUUGAAAAUUUAAUGCGUGAACUGGAGAAACCCUUUAACGCGGAAAAUCCUCUCAUCGCAUGGCAGAAAUUUAAAAUCGUCUAUCAUCAAAUGCAACAAAGAGCUCAACGUCGAUCUGCUUAUAUCCUCAAAAUGGAAGAUAUCAGUCCAAUUUUGUUCGCAAUGAAGGACACGGCGAUCUCGAUGCCAGGAAUCCAAGUAGCCAAGGGAGUUGCACCCGUUUACAUCAAAGGUGUCUAUAACACCGUAGUAAUUUUACCGACAAAAACCAAACCCAAAAAGCUGAUUUUGUAUGGAAGUGAUGGCAAGCAAUAUGCUUAUCUCUUCAAGGGACUCGAAGAUUUGCAUUUGGACGAACGUAUUAUGCAAUUUUUGUCGAUUGCGAACUUGAUGAUGACGAAUUCCGUGAAUGGUGAUGGCAAUUCGACCGUUUAUCGGGCACAUCAUUACCCGGUUAUCCCGUUGGGACCACGAUCGGGUCUCAUUAGUUGGGUGGAUAAUGUCGUGCCUGUGUUUGCACUCUACAAAAAGUGGCAGCAACGAGAAGCAGCUAAUCCGAAGAAGAAUAAGCAGUUUGUUGUGCAACGCCCGAGUGAGAUGUUUUACGAAAAACUAUCUCCAUUGCUUCAUGCAAACGGCUUAAAAUCGUCCGAUCCACGAAAGGAAUGGCCAUUGCCUGUUCUUAAAGAAGUACUGUCCCAAUUGCAAGCUGAAACCCCAAGCGACUUACUUGCGAAGGAACUUUGGUGUCACAGUACAAAUGUCGCGGAAUGGCGUCAAAUAAUCCGUCGUUACUGCCUAUCGACAGCCGUUAUGAGUGUCAUUGGUUACAUUAUUGGAUUGGGAGACAGGCAUUUGGAUAAUAUGCUGAUUAACUUAUCGACCGGCGAGAUCGUUCACAUCGACUACAACGUGUGCUUCGAAAAGGGAAAAACUUUGAGAGUUCCCGAAAAAGUUCCGUUCCGCAUGACGCCGAAUCUGGAAGCAGCACUCGGAGUAACGGGAGUUGAGGGCACAUUCCGACUGUCGUGCGAACAUGUCCUGGACUCAUUAAAGAAAGGACGUGAAACAUUGUUGACAUUACUCGAGGCAUUCGUUUACGAUCCAUUGGUGGAUUGGGCCAUUGGCGAAGAUAUUGCUGGCGGUUUAGCAGUGACAACGACGUAUGGCGACGCCCUAAAUUGCGAUUUGCUACAAGCGAGUAAGCAACUUGAACGCGAGGUCACCCGAGACACGCUUGCCAUUCGAUUUACGGAAAUUAAAGCAGAUUGGCUUCAAAAUCGGGACGAGAUAAAAACCCAAAUGACGAAGCUGAAUGCCAAUUUCCACCACUUGAUAGAUCAGCGUAACAAGAUGCAGGAAAUCGAGCGUCGUUAUGCACACGUAGAGCAACAAUUGAAAUUUGUCGAUGAAGCAAAAACGUUAUCGCCCGAUCAACUUGCCGUGCAUCCUUUGAGCACAAUUUCGCAACGGUAUGCGGUAUUCAAGAAAUACAAAAACGACUUUGAUGCAAUCAAUCGCAUGCUGCUGGAAAAGACGUCAGAAUAUUUAACGUCAGUGAAGGAUUACAAGCAGCAUUCCGCUGACGCAACUAAACUUAUCGAGUAUUUGUGCGAAUUGGAGGAACUAUUACCGACGAAAUACGACAGCGAAUUCGAAGUUGUGCAAGAUUUCCUUCUCAAUUCCAAUCAAAAUGCCGUGCUAACGAAAGGCGUUCAGUCACGUGUCGACUUGAGUAAUUCUUUGUUGCAGCAAUCGAUGGCCGUGCGAAAUUGCCUGCAAAUUUUGAUACAAUACAACAACGUGAGUAAAUUCCUGCCACAGGAAUAUUGCAAUUUUUACUGCCCAGCGAAGCACUUGGAAUGGCUGAAUUACGUCACGGAACGCAAAACGAGCGAGGCAUGUCGUGAAGUUGCCCUGCAAUACCAAAUGUUAUCGAAUAACAUGCAACAAGAUCCACAUGUGAAUCCACAAAUUGUUUAUGCGUUCGCGUAUCAACAGCAAGGCAUCUUAAAUGACUUGCAAGCAGCACUGCAAAUGAACGUCGAUUGUCUUUCCAACGAAUUACGAGGUCCGGAACAAAAUCGCAUCGAAUACAUCAUGUCGGAAUAUAAAGAAGCCAAGAUCGCCAUAAGUAGAUUUACUGCAAAAGACUUUGCGGCAAAGAAAGCUCUUGAAUGUGUGGCUCUCACGGCUUUGUGCGACGUAAAUAAGCGAUUUUUGUUACUGGAAUUAGCCGCGAACAGUGCUGGCGACAAUUUAAUCAACUUCAUGACCGACGAAAAGUGGUUCCUCGACGAACUUUAUCUGUAUUCGUCUCUCAUCACGGAGCUUCUUGGAUUAAUACCAAACGAUGGUGGCAAAAAUGGACAUUUACAACUUUCCGCCAAGGUAAUGCGCGAAGUUAAUCAAAUGUAUGGCGCCCUUCGAGACAUGUACACGAACUUUUGCACCGAACUUCUACCGGACACGAUGAAAUCCAUAAUUUCUGGUGGCGAUUCUGUGCUGAAGAUGAUUCAGGUUGUCUCGGAUUUGUAUAAUCGCGCCAUCCAGCAGAAAGAAUUGAUUGAAAAGAAAUUUUCUGCUGCGAAAAAUGACGAAACUGACGUCAGUUUAAAGGAAAUUUACGAGAAUUAUGCGAAUCUUUUGCUUUCUGAUGAUCCAGGCGGGCUUUUGCUACGAAAAGUUGAGUCAAUUUUCGAUGCUGUUAGUAAAAAACACUCACAAUUGCUGGAAAUUUUCGACCGGAGCGAGAUAAAGACCGAAACAAUGGGCAUCGAUCACAUUCGAGAUGCUUUUAAAUUGAUGCGCACGAUAAAUUCGCACCAAAAACUCUUGCAAGACCUAUUUUUCGUCAAGAAAUUGGAAUGUCUUGUGCAAUUCUUUACGAAAUGCCUUCAGAGUGUUUGUGGAUUCAAAGGUACGGAACAAUGCAAUCCGGCAAACAGUGAGAUGCACUGUCGUCCCGUUAAGCAUUACAUUGCGACAUUUGUGUGGCGUGGCAUUUUCGGAAUUGGUCCCAUGUCAACGGCGCAAGUAAUUUUGACUGUUAUGGAAAGCACUGGCUUGAAUUUGCAACGUGAAAUGGCAACGAAAGAAACUUCCCUCGAAGGACUGUGCAAAAAAACGGUUGACUUCUCAUUGAAUUCUGAAGUUUACUCCGUGAAUUUGCUAAAUCAAGCUUCGUCGUUGUGCAUCACACUUGACGGCACCUGGAAAAAACGCGAACGCAUAAUUCAAUUGCAAGAAAACAUCAAAAAACUCAAAUCUGAGAUCGUUACUAUGCAAAUGAUGAGUUCUGCGCAUUUUUGGUUGCACGAACAAACAUUGGUGGCACAACCAAAUCUCUUCAGUUUGUGUCCCGUGUCGCGUACGGGUGUUUUGCUUCAAUUGAAAAAUGGUUUGCAGUCACUCUCGAUGUGGCAUCAAGCUGUGGAGUGUCAUAAAUCCGUUCAUCAAGCUGUUACCACUGACGUUUUGAAUCGUCUGAAGUGGGCUGUUGGUGCAAAUCCGAAUUUGGAAGAAAUACUGAACGAAUUUACAGCUCGUACAACCGCACAUCGCAACAAGUGUGAUAAGGAAAGCUUGCUGGCAGUAGUUUGCACGAAAUAUGCACAAUCAAUUUUGAAUUUUGAGGUUCAACGCUUCCAUACUCCCGAUGGAUUGGAAAAAGACAAGGAAUUCCUCCAAAUUAUUUCGAGUUACGAGCAAUCGUGCAUCAUUUUGGAGCAAUAUUCGUCGCUUUUGACACCUCUUGAGGAAGGCAUUGUAACGUUACUUGAUCCGGAAGGCCCGAUCGAUCAUGUUUGGUUGACUAACGUUACGGAAUUGCUGCAGAACAACUUGAAAGAUGUCGCCACGAAUAUCGCGAAUGAAGAGAAAAAGGUUGUAACGGUGCAGGAUAAGCUUCAAAUGCAUGCUCACACCUUGCGAACACUCAUGGGACAUCAUCACAUGUCUUCGGACAUUCGAGCAUUGUUAAAACGCGCAAUGAAGUUGAAUGAAAUGCAUCAAAGUAACAUCCGGGAAUACCUUAUACGGUACAAAACGUUCAUCGACACCAUUUCUGAGCUCUACACGAACGUUCUGAGCAAAGAUUUUACCGAAAAAAUGGUGGAAAUGUCAUUACAGCAAAUCAAAAUGUUAGAAGGCAUGAUAAUGCCCGUUUAUGACGAUCUCUUUAUGUUUGGACUAGAAGAAUUGGAGCAUCACGAUACAAAUGCUAAUCGAGAUAACUCGCCAAUGACGAUUGCUUUUGAGACGACGCCACAAAAAGCUCAAACACAAAAGGAGCAAAAACGCAACGCCUAUGCCGUAUCUGUGUGGCGCCGUAUCCGCAUGAAACUCGAAGGACGUGAUCGUGAUCCCAAUAAACGUCAAACGCUACAAGAGCAGGUCGAUUGGAUGAUUCGUGAAGCAAAGAAUCCCGACAAUUUGGCCACGUUGUACGAAGGUUGGACUCCAUGGGUGUGAAGAGACGCAAAGAAAAUCAACUUAACUUGGAAAAAGAACAAAAAUCGGUUCAAGUGUCCAUUAAAUGAUAAAAGAUGGACAUGAAUCGUCAAAGCAUCAAUAAUAAAUAAACAAAAAUUAAAAUCACGCGAGCGAAAUAACAUGAGAUAUCAACAAAAUAGAAACAAACUCGUAAAAAAAACAAAUCCCUAUGGACUUGUAAAACGA